CACGUUAUCACAUGCUGUGAGUAAAUACACUGCUGCUGAGCUCAGAUCUUUCUUUCUGUCCAGCACAGCCGUCUGAACAGCAGCAUGUCAGGCCUUAAUGCUUCGCUGGGCUACUUUUUAGCCAUAGUCGGCAUGAGUGUGGUUGGGCGGGUGUUGUUCGCUCGCUGGACACUCCUGACGGAGUUCAUCGCCGCUUUCGCGCUCGCUGCCUGCAGAUUGGAGGUGGACACCAUCGCGGAGGUCGGCCAGUGGGCCGGCGCGCUUGGGCCCGACGUCGCCGUCACUAUGCUCUUCAUAUCCCUCGCUGUCCAUGGCGUCGUCAUGCAGGGCGUGAGCGGGAACCCGUCGGUGACGCUGAUGGGGCUCCUGCAGAAGGACGUGGGCGCCGUGUCGGUCGUGCUCAGCGUGGCGGCGCAGUUAUUUGGCGCAUACGCCGCGCUUCUGGUCGCCGGGAAGUACUGGCAGAUGGAGCUGACCGACAUGCACAUGAUCAAGAACCUGAUGAUGUCCGAGUGCAGCACGUCGCUGCAGGUCCCGCCGCUGCAGGGAGUCUUCGCCGAAGCCCUCGGAGCCCUGACCUUUCACCUGGUUUACCUCGUCAUGAAGAACAGGUCGCAGCUGCUGCAGAUUCCCAUAUUCGCCGUGCUGCUGACAUUCAUCGCCUAUGCUGGAAAUAACUACACGUCUGGAUAUGUGAAUCCAUCCCUGGCUUAUGCCAUGACAUUCACCUGUCCGGGACACACUUUCCUAGCGUAUUCUCUCGUCUACUGGCUCGGCCCUCUGAUUGGCAUGACUCUUGCGCUCUUCCUGUAUUUGGGAAACAUCCCACUGCUGUUCAGCAGGAAUCUGCUUUACUCCAAGAAGGCACGUUUCCGGGUUCCCAAAGGGAAAACCUCUGAAGACAAGAGCAGCUGAAGAGACAUAAAAACACAGCACUGAUGUGGUCACUUCAUAAACCAUAUUUUAUAGUCACAAAACAUAUUAUGGUUUAACUCUAAAUCUGGUACAACUUCUCUGGUUACAUUUCUGUUCAUCUGGUUUGAGGUCUGCAGCCAGUUUCAACAAACCUCUCGUUUUGUGUGAACUUUAUACUAACAUCUAGGAGCCAAAGAACAUUUUAUUAAAUAUAUAGCUAAAAAUAUUUAAUAAGGGGGAAAAGGAAAAAAUCAUACAAAAGUACAAGAAAAUGUACAAGAAAAUUGUGAUAGGUUGUCUGUAAAUGCCACUUUGAUAAAAUAUUCAAAGUAUGCCAAUGUGUAAUAAAAUAAUUUGUAAAAUAUAUAAUAAUUUGUUAAAUAUUUUUUAGUCUUUCAUAAUUGCUGUUCUUCUUUAUUCUGGCUUGUUUAGAAAAUACAUGAUAAACAAUAACAUUUCUUA